AUGUUACUAGAAGUUGAGCAUUGGUCCGGUGCGGGAAAUCGUUUUGUUAUAGUCGAUAAUCGACAGAAGAUAAUUAAUAAACAAUGGGAUAUUCUGUUAAUUACUAGUUUAUGUAAACGAAAAAAUUUACCUGAUGCCGAAGGUGUUCUUGUAUUACUUGAAUUAGAUAAAGAGAAUUCGAAUUGUAAUUAUGAUUUUUAUAAUCCUGAUGGAUCAACAGGAGCUAUGUGUGGAAAUGGAGCUCGAUGUGCUAUUCGACAUGCUGUUUUAACUGAUAAUUUCGAUAUAAUUCAUGGUAUCAAAUUAACAUUAAAUAAUCGUUUGUAUACAGCACAAAUUGUUGCUAAUGAUCGUGUUGCUUUACGUUUACCUUUAUAUAAACAAUUGCAAUUAAUUGAUUCUUGGACAUAUGUAGAUGUUGGCAGUCAUCAUGUGAUUAUUGAUGCUCGAAAACUAGUUGAUUCAAUUGAAGAAUUUCAUCAAUUUGAUCUAAUAAAAUUUGCUAAUGAAAAUUUAGAUUUUUAUCGAAAUAAACUUGAUAAUCCAUCUUUAAAUUUAAAUAUUGCUUAUCCAAUUAGAGAUCAAUGUACAAUUCAAUUACGAACAUAUGAAAAUGGUGUUUAUAAUGAAACGCAAGCAUGUGGAACUGGUGCUAUUAGUACUGCUAUUGCUUUUUGGACAAGAAAUAUUAUUCGAAAUACAAUAAUUCAAUUAAUACCAAUCAGUCAACGGGUAUUAACUGUACAUUUAGAUACUGACAAACAAGAACAUAUAUUAGGCAUGAUAUUAGAAGGUGAUGCUCAACAAGAUGCACCUUCAAGUCAAUUUGAUACAGAAUCUAUGCAAUAUCAAUAG